UGUGGAGGCCCACCCGCUCUGUCGAAAACCCUCCUCUUUCUCUGCGUAUGAGGCGGUGCCUAUUCUUCCAGCUCCCAUGGGCUACAACCGAUCCCGCCGCCCCGGAGAUCGCUCCGCUCGUCGAGGGCAGACCAGUACGAGCCGGGGAUCUCAGUGGGAUGAGGAUCAUGAUAGAUCCCUGCCGACAAAUGAAGAAGAAUGUCAUGAGGAAAAUCAUGCUCCAGGAAUUCAGCUUGCAAUGUGGGACUUUGGACAAUGUGAUAUCAAAAGGUGCACUGGUCGAAAACUUGCCAGAUUUGGAUUCUUAAGGGAAUUGCGGGUAACUAAUGGUUUUGGUGGCGUUGUCCUAAGUCCAGUUGGGAAACAAUGCGUCUCCAAGGAAGAUCAGCCUUUAAUCAAGAGGAAAGGACUUGCUGUGGUAGAUUGCUCAUGGGCGCGCCUGAAUGAUGUUCCUUUUAUUAAACUUCGUUGUGGUGCCCCUCGCCUCUUGCCUUGGUUGGUGGCAGCAAACCCAGUGAAUUAUGGCCAUCCAUGCGAAUUAUCUUGUGUUGAGGCUUUGUCUGCAGCUUUAAUAAUUUGUGGGGAGGAGGAAAUGGCAAAUCUGCUGUUAGGCAAAUUCAAGUGGGGUCAUUCAUUCUUGUCUCUUAACAGGGAACUACUCACUGCAUAUUCCCAAUGUCAGACAGGAUCGGAGAUCAUAUCUGUCCAGAACUCCUGGUUAUCUAGUAAUGCACGAGUACCAAAGCCCCCACAAGGCGUAACAGAUAGCGCUCAGUCGCCUCCAGGCGACGAGCAAUCUGGUAGCGAUUCAGACGAUGGAUUACCGCCCCUCGAAGAGAACUUGAACCACUUGACAUUACAAGAGAGUGAAGAAAGCGAGGAAGAUAGUGAGUGAAAGGAGGUGUUCUCUGGCCGGCCUUGCGGUAAUACACUAUUUCAACUUCUAUGGACGAACAUGCAGUUUUAACUGUGAUUUGGUAGUAGAGUUGGUUUUGGGAUAAGCUGGAUGUAUAGUUUUUGUUUGCUGCAGUUGUUUUUUUCCCAUUGAACAUACACAAAUUACAAAAUCCCAUUAUAUUCUGAUCAAAA